UUCCCUUUUUUUUUUUCCUCCCCCCCUUUUUUUUCUCCCCCCCCCCUCCCGCUCUGAUGCCGAAGGGGGUGUUUUUGAUGUGGUUGCUUUGGUGGUGAUCGUCGCCGACUUUCCAGAGAGGGUGUUUUCGCCGCUGCCGCCGCUGCUGCUGCUUCUCUCCGCGUUGUGUGCGUGCGCGCGUGCUUUUUUUUGGGUUGCUGCAUCGACGCUGGGAAGAUGCUUCUGGAUGCUGGACCGCAGUAUCCCGCCAUAGGAGUCACUACGUUCGGAUCGUCUCGCCACCACUCCGCGGCCGAUGUCACGGACAGAGAAGUGGGGCUGGGGAUCAACCCCUUCGCAGACGGCAUGGGCGCCUUCAAACUCAACCCCGGCGGCCACGAGCUGGCCUCGGCCGGGCAGACCGCCUUCACCUCGCAGGCUCCGGGCUACGCGGCGGCUCUGGGGCACCACCACCACCCGCCCCACGUCGGCUCCUACUCCAGCGCCGCGUUCAACUCCACCCGGGACUUUCUGUUCCGCAACCGCGGCUUCGGGGAGGCCGCGGCCGCCAGCGCCCAGCACAGCCUCUUCGCCUCCGCCGCCGGCGGCUUCGGCGGCCCGCACGGACACGGCGAUGCCGCGGGACAUAUACUUUUCCCCGGGCUGCACGAGCAAGCCGCCGGCCACGCUUCGCCCAACGUGGUGAACGGGCAGAUGCGCCUGGGCUUCUCCGGAGACAUGUACGGCCGAGCCGAGCAGUACGGCCAGGUCACCAGCCCCCGCUCCGAGCAUUACGCCUCGAGCCAGCUGCACGGCUACGGCCACAUGAACAUGAACAUGGCAGCGCACCACGGGGCGGGGGCCUUCUUCCGCUACAUGCGGCAGCCCAUCAAGCAGGAACUCAUCUGUAAGUGGAUUGAGCCCGAGCAGUUGGCGAACCCCAAAAAGUCCUGCAACAAAACUUUCAGCACGAUGCACGAGCUGGUGACUCAUGUCACCGUGGAGCACGUUGGAGGACCCGAGCAGUCCAAUCACAUAUGUUUCUGGGAAGAGUGCCCGCGAGAAGGGAAACCUUUCAAGGCCAAAUACAAACUCGUAAAUCACAUCCGAGUCCACACAGGUGAAAAACCUUUCCCCUGCCCUUUCCCAGGCUGUGGCAAAGUGUUUGCCAGAUCAGAGAAUCUCAAAAUACACAAAAGAACUCACACAGGUGAAAAACCAUUUAAGUGUGAAUUCGAGGGCUGUGACAGGCGCUUUGCAAACAGCAGCGACCGCAAAAAGCACAUGCAUGUGCACACUUCCGACAAGCCGUACCUGUGCAAGAUGUGCGACAAGUCCUACACGCACCCCAGCUCCCUCAGAAAGCACAUGAAGGUCCAUGAAUCGUCCUCGCAGGGGUCCCAGCCUUCUCCCGCCGCCAGCUCAGGCUACGAGUCCUCCACCCCUCCAACCAUCGUGUCUCCAUCCACAGAAAACCAGACCGCCAGCUCCUUAUCCCCUUCCUCCUCCGCAGUCCACCACACGUCCAGCCACAGCACGCUUACAUCAAAUUUUAACGAAUGGUACGUUUAAAGCGCUAAAACAAAACAGCGAAAAAACACAAACCGAAAACAAAACAAAAAAGCCCCCAAGCGAGAGAAUCCAGACCCUAUUUAAAAGACUCCAAAAAUAAUGAACACUCUGAAAUCAGAAUUAAAAAGAAAAGCAGGAAAGAAAAAAAAGAAAACAAAAACAAAAUGCUGCCAGUAGACCCAGGACUGAGUAAAAUGAAGACUCAUUUUUUUGUUUGUUUUUCUUCUUCUUCUUCUUCUUUUUUUUUUUUUUUUACUCUUUUAUUUCUCUCAUUUUUUCCCUUUUUAUUCUUCCUUUUCUUUCUUUUUUCUUUUAAAUUAAUUAUUAUUACUUUUUUUUUUUCUUCUUCUUUUUCUUUGUACUUUUUGGACUGUUCAGCUCUGCUCUGUUCCAAGGCUUGGUAGGAGAAAGGGUUAGUAGGAUGCAUAAGAAGACAAGGUUACCAGGGCAAAUGCCAACCGUGUAGGGCUGUACUGGAAACCACUGAUUAGAGCUCUCCAACUGCAUGUCUGCUCGGGCAGCGGCCUUCCCCCACUCCCUCUUGUAAAUACAGAACUAUUAGCUUCAAAAAGGAAAAAAAAGAAAAAGAGAUAAAAAAAACCACAAAAAAAUACGAACGUACUGUUUGAUUUUGUAUAUAGUUAUAUCACAGUCGAAGCCGGGGAGCCGUGGAGUUGUGGUUGCAUCUAUGUGGGGGGAGGGGCGGGAGGGGGGGGGGUGGAGGUGGGGGGGGCCGAGGGGAGAGGUAGAAAUCCAACUAUUUGUACUGAAUGGCAAGAAUGUUCUAGUAAAUGUGUACCAAAAUGUGAAUUACUUUGUAUUAUUACAGUCUAAACGUCGAUCUAACAGAAUAUUAUUGGUAUUAAUGUGCUUUUUUGUAUAAAGUGCAACAUUUCGUCCCAAAGUCCAGUCUAAGUAGUGCAGUAAAAUGUUGUUACACGUCCUGUCAAGAAAUUCGUAUAGUGAAAGCCUGGAUCUGCGUGUCAAACUGUUACAUUUGUUUAUGUAAAGUGAUAUUAAAAAAAGAAAAAAAAAAAAAAAAAAGAUAUAAACUAUAUCUGUCCGUUGCUUUUGGCAAAUACAAGAACAUAAUGUAUAUAAAUCCUGAUUUCCAUAUUUAUCCGCAUGUAAAGGUCCGGUUAUACAUGUUACAAGAUAUUCAAUAUUUAUGGCUAGAAGAAUUGGUAUGUAAAAUUUAGUUUACAGAACUGUUUGGUAACAUUUCGUACCUUAUUAAAGAUUCUUAAAUCCCA